AUGUCGAGUCACACCAACUUCUUUGCUAGAGUCAAAGCUCCUAAGCACUCGGAGGAAGAUUGGGAGGCGCAAAAGUUGAAUAUCGAGCGCUUCGAAAAACAAUUGAAAAGCAGGUUACCAAAAUGGGGCCUAGAUAUCAAGAAUCUGAAACGCGAGACCAUGGUGCAAAUUGCGCAAAAGAAAGCAAAGCGCAAGGUAUUCGAGGGCAAGGAGAGCUCUUUCCGCGUCCAUAAGAGACUCGUCAGGGACCAGAACAUAGACCGGUUCCUGCAAAGACAUGCCAUUUCGGAGAAGGAUCUACUGGAAAUGAAUAGUCCAAUUAAUGCACCUUCUCCGGCGUUCAGUAUCUUCACACCCAAGUCUAUAGUCUCACCCACUCCUGAGCUCGACCACACCUCUCCUCCGAUAGACUCGUCAACGUCUAGCAACGAGUUGAAUAUCCUGCCAAUGUACACUGGACAUGUUGCUAAAAUAACAAAAUAUCAAUCUGCUACGAUAGAAGAUGUGGUUGACGAAGAUUUGGAAUCAUCUGCUUCAUUAAUCCGAGCCCAGACAGGUGGAGAGGACCUUCCAACGACAGACAAACAACAUAGUUCAUCAUUUGCAGCAAUAUCCUCAAAGGCUGUUGAAGUUCGAACUUCACGUCCAUAUGCCUACAUUCCGCCACCGCCGCUCAAGUAUCCCUCAACAACCCCAGAGAACUCGGAGCGUCGAUUCAUAUGGGUGACUUCUCCAUCAGCCAAGCAAUCAACAACCCUUUCGCCCGAGCUCGGAGCCAGAAUCCCACAUUCACAGGCUAUGCCAUCCAGCCCCUGCGUCAAUCCCAGCAGUCUUCAGUUCGGGGGUGCGACUGAAGUUGAUGACUAUGAUGCGCGAGUGUGGAACCGGAAAGCGAUCUUCUUCAAUCUGUUGGCGAGCGCUCGCGCUAGACGUUAA